AUUGAAAAUUCAAACAUCCGGUCGUGUUACUGACCAAGCUUCUUUAAAAAAAAUCGUUGCUAUGAUUUCGAAAUAAGUUACUAGUCCUGCAUUGAACACCAGGUUUGAUAAUCAACAUACACUAGGUUAGCUUGGUUUAAAAUUGCAUAAAAAUGGCAUUUUCUGAAGAUCCUGUGUAUGUGUCUUUGGACCAGAAGUUUGACAAAGUUUUGGCAGAUAUGAAGCCAUAUGUAUUGAAGUUACCACACAAAACAGACCAGUCAACUAGAGAUGAUCGACAGAAGUGUGCCAUCUGGAUUAAGAAGCUUUGUGAACCAGUUACAGGCAUUACAGGAAGAAAGAACAGAAAUGCUUAUGCACAGUUAAUGUUACACAUGUUGAAGCGAGGAGUACUGGAAGGACCGUUUACCAGUAAACCUCAGGAUGGGGAACUACCUACUUUACCUCCAUAUAUGUCUAUCUAUUUUGAUGAACCUUCCUCAUCACCUGACACAGAUGACAAAGUACCAGACUGGGUGAAUGGAGAAUUAACAAGUUCUGUAGGAUCAUCCUUAUUUAGAUCUAACAUCGGUAACCCAGCAGCAUCAUCAACAUGGAAGUCCUUACCCUCGCCCAUCUCCCCACAGAAAUCCAGAAGGCGAGCUUAUACUAGCAUAGGAAUAGAUUUAGACAGGGAUCCAGGAUACACAUCCCCUAGCAGAGGUCUAGAAAAACCACAACCAGGACCAUAUGAUGAUAGUUUUCUGGGUAGAGGUCACCAACAAGAUCGAGUCCAUUUUAUGUCUGAUGACGAAGGUAGUUAUAUAAAAAAGGAUGAACAGAAGAAAAAGAAAGAUAAGAUAAGGAAGAAGGGGUCUGAUGAAGAAUUAGCUCAGCCAUCGCCUCCUGGUUAUGAAACUGGUGGUGUCACCAAUCUGUUUGGGACUACUGGAGGGACUACUUUCUUUGAUGAUCACACAAAAGACUAUGGGAAGGAGAAUAUACAAAUGAAGACCAAGAUGCUGGAAGCCAGAUUCCAUGAAGAAAAGUUAAAAUUACAACAAAGACAUGAUGUUGCAGUACAAAAGAUACUGGACAGGAAAAAUACUGAAAUUGAAGAAUUAAAGGCAAAUUACAGAGCUAAAGCUAAAGAGUUGGAAGAUACUAUUACAAAGUUGGAAAGAAAAAUCCAAUCAGUUGUCAGAGAUUCUCAGAAUGUCAGAGAAACAAAAGAUAAACAGAUUGCUGAAUUACGGAAAAUGGUGGAAGAUACUACAGAAAAACGCAAAAGUGAUUUUGAGAGAAAGUUAACUGAUUUACAAACUGAAUUUGAACAAGAAAAGUUUGAUAUGCAGAAACAACAUACAAAGAAUAUCCAAGAGAUCUUGGAUGACACCAAUGCAAGGCUGCAAAAAAUGGAGCAAGAAUACAGUCAUCAAACUCAUUCAACAACAUCAAUAAUUAAAGAACUAGAAAGUAGACUCCACCAACUACUAUCUGAUUCAGAACAAACUGCUAAAAGCAAGGCAAAUCUAGAGAGAGAAAAGAUUGAUGUGGAGAGUAAACUAGACAGACUCUCGUCAGAUUACAGUGAGCUUAGGGAAAGUCACAAAAAUUUAGACAGAGAACACCAAAGAAUGAUCGAAGCUCACAACCAAGAGAUAAGAACCGUAAAGAAUAAAACUGAUGCUAGUCUUGAGUUCAUGAAACAGGAACAUAAUCUCUCUUCCGCUAAGGCAACUGAUACUAUAUCAGAUUUAGAACAGUCAGUUGACCAACUGAAACGGUCACUGAAAGACGCAGAAGAACAGAGACAAAGGCAGAUAAGGGAAAUGGAACAAGUACAACAACAAGGAAAGAUACAUCUAGAAAACUUACAUGAUAAACAGGUUAGAACUAUGAAACUAGAAAUGGAACAUAGUGAACAGAGUCAUCAGAAACAGGUUCACAAAUUAGAACAAUCAAUAAGAGAAAAAGAGGAUGAAAUAAAAUCCCUCCAAGAACAGAACAAACAGCAGACGGCUCAAUCUGAAAAAUCUCUGACUGAUUUCAAAGGUCAAGUAGAAAAAAAUCAGACAAGAAUGUAUGAUGAAAUGAAACAACAGAUGGAAAGGGUAGAAGCAGAUUUGAACAAAUCAAAACAAGUAAGAGAAAAACAAGCUAGAGAAUUCCAGAAACAGUUGGAUGAGGAACGAGACCAGCAUGAAAGAAGGGAAGUAGAACUAAAGAUGUCAUUAGAACAGGAGAAAGCACAGUAUAUGAAGGAGUUCCAUCAACAGAAGGAAAUGGUUCUCACUGAACAUGACAGGGAAAUAGACACUAUGAAAGAACAGAAUAGGAAUGAAGUCUAUGACAUAGAAUGCAGAUUUAAAGAAAAACAAGAUAAAGAUUCAAAGAAAGUUCAUAUGAUGGAGAAACAGAUUCAAGAGUUAAGGGAAGAAGUUGUACAGGCUAAUCAACUACGCAAACAACAGCUUGUAGAACUAGGAUUGUUACGGGAGGAAGAAAAACAAAAGAUGCAAAGAGACCAUGAGGCAGAGGUUUCUAAGCUGAGAUCAGAGAUGGAGCAGCAACGACUUGAAUUACAGAAAUCACACAGUACAGAGUUAGAGAAAAUGUUAGAAAAAACUAACAAUAGACUGAAGGAUAUAGAAAGAGAAUAUAAUGAACGAGGAAACAGAGCAGCUGAGACCAUUAAUGAGCUGCAGAACACAAUAAGUCAUCUGAGAGAUGAAAUUAAAAGGAUUAAAGAUUCUGGAGAUAAGAAAUUAAAAGAUACGACAACAAAACAGGAAGAGGACAGAAGGAAUAUGAAGAAGAACUACACUACUAAUUUAGAUAGUAUGAGGAAAGAUAAUGAAUCUCAACACAACAGAAAUAGAACAUUAGAGAGAAGGAUAGAACAGAUGGAGGCAGAUCAUGAUGAAAAGAUAACCCAGUUGAAGUUAGCAUUUGAGGAGAAAAUGAGAGGAUUAAUGCCAUCUUCAGUCAGACAGGAGUUGGAAGACACUAUUGACUCCUUGAAGUCACAAGUCAACUCAUUACAGCAGAAGACAUUAGUUCUACAGGAAGACCUAGAUUUACGGAACCAGUACCCACAAUUCUCUGCUAGUUCACCAAUCAAAGCAUUAUGACAGGGUCAUGACCCCAAAUAAACUAAGCAAUAUCUGUGAUAUUAUUGUAUGCUCAAGCUACAACACUAGGAAAAGGCAUUCCAACGUAGAGUAAUAUACAUAUAAACAAAACUUGUCUAUUUUUUAACAUCUAGCAUUGCUCAUUGUUAUCAGAAUCCAGUUCAGAAUUUUCUUUCAGACAAAGCAUAUCUAAUAAAAGAAUCAUUUCCAGCCUUGAAUAAGGUGUUGAUUUGUUAAAUAUGUCAGUGUGGUGAAAUGAAAGGGUAUAUUAGAUGUACUUGACUUGUGAAGAAGGUGUGUUGGGUUUUAUAUAUGCAAUCAUGAAUGGGCUGAAAAGAAAGUUAAUAAAAUUAUUCCACAUCUUCAUGAUCUUGCCAUUACAAAACAUUUUAUUUUGAGUUUGAUGAAUUUUUGAGAAUGACAAGAGUAAAUGUUGUAAAAUAAUGUUCAAUUACAAUUCUUUCUGAUUUUCAUUGUUUGAGAGAUCUGAAUAGUUGAUACAAAAUAACACCCUGUUUUAAUUUAUUAUUGUUGUUAUAUUUUAACAUUAUUUUGUUAGCUAGAUAAUUAUAUAUUUUACAUUUGUAUAUUACCAUUAGUGCCAUUAAUUAUUUAUUCUCUUUUGUAAAUAGCAGCCAAUCACUGCCAUUAUAAAAUAUAAUUCAGAAUGAUUCCAUAGAUUUUAUCUUUUUAUUACAUGAUCGUAGAAAUUAUGAGUUUUUAUGAUUUUCAAUUUUAUUCCGUUUUCUUAUAAUUUGAAAGGAUGAGUUUAUAUGAAUGUAAAGAAAAAAUAUUCCAUUUUCUUAUGAAAAGAUGAUUUCUAUUAUUUCAAUGUAUUUUAUUCCAUUCCAGUAUGAAAAGAUGAUUUCUAUUAUUUUAAUGUAUUUUAUUCCAUUCUAAUAUGAUAUGAAAUGCUUCUAUUGAUUACAAUGAUUGUAUAUUUAUUUUCAUUAUGCUUUUCAAUAAAUUUCAAUGCUUUUUAUUCCAUUAUGUUUUUUUAUACAUUUCAAUGUUUUUUAUACCAUUAUCAUAAGAAAUGAUAUUUUUUUAUUAAUUCAUUUCAUAGAUUUCAAAUCAACAUCUUUCUUUUAAUUUUAAUGUUUUUAUUUUAUUAUGCCUGUUAAAUGACUAUUUUUCUUCCAUUAUCCAUAUAAAAUGACAAGCUUCUAUGAAUUUCCAUUUAUUUAGUUCUAUUUUCUGUCAAAAAAGAAUGUAAUGAAAGUUACGAUAUUUGAUAACAUAAUAUACUCAUACCCCAAAAUUAUACCACUGAUUUUUUCAGAGUUGAAGUUACAAAACAAAUGUAUGUUACAAAUUGGAAAAUUUUGUUUUGAGGUAUUUUGUGACAUUUUGAUUUUCAUAAAUAAACACUCGGUAUAAAUAUGUUUAUUGAUUAACAAAAGAUUUUAACAGUGUUAUGACUUUAAAUGUAUGAUGGUUUAAUAUUAACAGGGUAGUUUAUAUGAAAUCUAUUUGGCUUUCCCUGAAUGGGUUAGUAUAACUUAGAUUUUAGGUGGAUGGAUUCUUGAUAAAGUAUGUGAGUUCAAAAUUUCUAGCAAUUUUAUAAAAAAAAAUUGUUUUAAGUUAUACAAAGGUUAAACUAGAUAAGUAUUUAUUUUAAAAUAUUAUAUUUUUAAUACUACAGCAAUUAGUUAUGGGUGAUCUAGUUUUAAUUGUAAAAGUUGGCAGGCAUACUUUCAAAAUUUUAAAAGUGAAAAAUAUUUUCUAGAGACAACAGGCCUUAACAAAGAGAGUCUGAACAAUUAAAGGAAAUAAUCAAUUAAAUUUGUGUAAUAAUAAUUGUCUGUCAACUCCCUUCCUAUUAUUAUUUCUGUAAGAUCUCUAAACCUAAAUGAUAGCCUUAUUGCCUUAUGUUGUGUAAACCUGACAUUAUUUAUUCCUAGUGCAUAGAUAUAUUAUAAAAUUAAGAUAUUUUGCUGAGAUCUGAUAUUAGGAAAAAAAAAAAAAAUAUUGUCAAACGAAGUUUUAGGGAAAACCUUUGUAGUUAAAAAAUAAAUUCUAUGAUAUAGAGAAAAAAUGAAGUAGCAUCAUGGUUAAUAGUAUGUUUUAGCAAUAUUGUUGUUAUAUACUCAAGUAUGCAAUAAUCAGUAGAGAAAACAUUUGACACUUAACCUCAAUUAUGAGAAUAUAGGAAAUUGAAAAUAUUUGAUGUUAAAUUGUAACUACUAUAAAAAAGAAAAGUAUAUUUUAUGUAGAUAACAUACAUAUAUGAAGCAUUUAUAAAAAUAAAUCAUUGAAGUGCCA